CCGCCGUUGCACAAAUACAUUCUCCCCUCUCUUCAGCCCUCGCUUCCCUCUAAAACCCUGAUCGUUCAAUCCGUGUCUGGGCUUUAGCUCUUUCUCUCUGAAAACUCGCCGGCUUCACUCAGAGCCCCAAACUCGGCCUCGACUCGGUCCUCUAAAGCCAUGCAAAUGAUCUCCAACACUCGCAGGCUCUCCAGAGCUUUCAAAUCUCGCAUUUUUAUAAAAUCCGCCGACCAAUUUCUCUCCCCCGAUGCCCGACUCGUCGAAGCUCCCCUCACUUCUCUCCAAUGGCGGAAACUAAGCGCCGGCUCUUCCCAAACUGCCUUGUUAUCCGGCAUUACUUGCGGUCAUCUUUUGCCGAUGGAACAACGUGCAACAUGUGCAGCGAUGACAUUGAGAGCACCCUUUUCUUCUGAAGCAAGUACCAUCGAAGGUGGUUCCACAGAGGUUGUGAAGGACCUGUAUGAUAAAAUGCUGCAGUCUGUUAAUAUCAAACGAUCAAUGCCCCCUAAUGCUUGGUUAUGGUCAUUGAUUGAAAAUUGCAAAAAGGAAGAAGAUAUUAAGCUUCUAUUUGACAUCUUGCAGAACCUUCGAAGAUUUAGACUGUCAAAUCUUCGCAUCCAUUCUGAUUUUAAUUGCAAUCUCUGCCGAGAGGUUACUAAGGCAUGUGUUUGUGUGGGAGCUCUUGACUUUGGAAAGAAGGCCUUGUGGAAACAUAAUGUGUAUGGAUUGGAUCCUAGCAUUGGAUCUGCGCACCAUUUACUGUUGUAUGCUAAAGAACGCAAUGAUGCUAAACUUAUGGUGGAAGUAAUGAAACUUUUGAAGAGGAAUGACUUACCCUUGCAACCCGGUACUGCAGAUAUUGUUUUCAGCAUUUGUUACAAUACCGAUAAUUGGCAGCUGAUGUCAAAGUACUCAAAAAGGUUUGUCAAAGCUGGAGUAAAGCUACGUCAAACUGCUUUUGAUUCAUGGAUGGAUUUUGCUGCUAAAAUAGGAGAUGUUGAAUCAUUGUGGAAAGCUGAGAAGUUAAGAUCUGAAUCAAUGAAGCAGCAUACUGUUGCAAGUGGACUUUCAUGUGCUAAGGGUUUUCUCUUAGAACGUAAGCCCGAGGAAGCUGCUUCCGUUAUUCAAGUUCUAAAUCAGAUUUUACCUGAUACAAAGAAGUCCCGCAUCGUGGUUGAGCUUGAAAAGUUGGUUAGGGAGUGGCCCUUAGAAGUUAUUAGGCGCCAGAAGGAAGAGGACAGAAAGGCAUUAGCUGCAUCUUUAAUCGCUGAUAUCCCUACAAUGGUUAGUUCCCUAUUAAACACGGGCUUACAAGUGAGCGCAAACAUUGAGGACCUAACCACCAAAGAAGGUAUUCAUUAUUGAACUCCGGAGGGUAGAGCCUGAAAAUCUGAAGCUGCACAUGCCGUUUGUAUCCUGUAAAAGAGAGAUAACCACGUUUUUCUGCCUUGGUUGAUGAGCAUCCAUCCCAAUAACCCACUCUCCUUAGGAAGACACUCCCAGAUUUCUCAAUGGUGCGUUAGAUUAUAACAAAUUUUGUUAUGUCAGUCAUUUGAUUGUGUCAUUUCUAACGUUUUCAUGUUGAAACAUGGUUUUGGUCUUGUGAUAUGGAGGGAUAUUUUGAUAGUUUAAUUUUACUCUCUAGCAUUCUAGCUAGAUCUUUUGAACAAGAGGAUAGUUGGAAACUUAUGGUAACAUUUUCAGAAUUUAAA